UGAAAAUGAAAAUCAGGUCUUUAUUCCUGAAACUCUGCUAAAAAAGAGAAAAGCAAUUGAUAAGGAGAAUAUUGAAAAGAAAAUCCGCCUAGCUGAAAGGAGAAAGAAUUUAAAAGUUAAAAGAGGCAUUAUUUUUAAACGUGCAGAAAAAUAUGUUCAAGAAUAUCUGGAAAAUGAGAGAGAAGAAAUCCGUUUAAGAAGAUUAGCUAGAAGGGAGGGCAAUUUUUAUGUUGAAUCAGAGCCGAGGCUUUUUUUUGUCAUUAGAAUUAAAGGCAUUAAUAAAAUUCCUCCUAAACCUAAGAAGAUUUUGCAGCUUUUGCGUCUUCUUCAAAUUAAUAAUGGAGUGUUUGUUAGAGUGACGAAAGCCACUGCUAAUAUGCUUCGACUCGUUGAACCAUAUGUUACAUAUGGGCCUCCAAAUCUUAAAUCGGUUCGUGAACUUAUUUAUAAACGUGGCUAUGGAAAGAUUAAUAAACAACGUAUUCCACUAACUGACAAUUCUUUGAUUGAAGAUAGUCUUGGUAAAUUUGGUAUUAUUUCGAUGGAAGAUUUAAUUCAUGAAAUUGUUACAUGUGGACCAAAUUUCAAACAAGUUUCAAAUUUUUUGUGGCCAUUUAAACUUAGUAAUCCUAAUGGUGGAUGGAGAACAAGAAAAUUUAAACAUUAUGUUGAAGGAGGUGAUACUGGAAAUCGCGAAGAAAAUAUUAACAGUCUUAUUCGCAAAAUGUGUUAA